UGACCUUCUACACUUCCCUUUCCAUCCAUAGCUCCAAUACUUUCUUUUAAAUUUUUUUCUUCACUACACCUUUUAAAGUUUUCAACAAAAUAGCAAUGUCCAGUUCCAAAACCCUGGAUAAACCCUUGAGAGGCUUGGAUCCAAGCCUGGUCCAAGCUGGGUUUUCUCUAAUUCAGAGGAACACAUCCACAACUCAACCCAAUGAGAGAAGAGGAAGGAGAAAGCAGGCGGAACCAGGGAGGUUUCUUGGAGUGAGAAGGCGACCAUGGGGGAGAUAUGCUGCUGAAAUCAGAGACCCCACUACCAAGGAGAGGCACUGGCUGGGUACUUUUGAUACUGCUCAAGAGGCUGCUCUUGCUUAUGAUAGGGCUGCCCUUUCAAUGAAGGGUACCCAAGCAAGAACCAACUUCAUAUACUCUGACAACACUACUUUCCACUCUCUUCUUACUCCUUUUGAUGUUCAAACCCUCUUACCACCAUCACAAUUCCUCACUGCCAACCACACUAAGCAACCUUCCAAUCAUAACACUUCAUGCCACCCUCAUACUUCUCAAAGUGAUCAGACCCCUACCCAAUCCAAUAAUAUUGAGGUGUGUGCUCAAACUUCAUAUGAGACACCACUUAGUAGUAAUAACAAUACUAUUCCUGAUAACUGCUUGAACCCUCCUUCCAGUGCCACUGGUUUGAACCACAAUAACAGCAAUUCCAAUACUUCAAGUGAUCAGAACUUUUGCUCAAAGAGCAUGAAUUUCCCUGAAACUGAGUUACAGUGUGGUGGUAGCAAUACACUUCCUAUAGAUGCUGUUAAUGCAGCUAGCCCUGGAGAUUUUCCAAGCUUUGAUGAACUCAGUGGGGAUUCUGGGGCAAUGAGCAGUCGUGGGAGCUGA